GAUAAAUGUGUAUUAAUCUAUAGAACUCCUCUUGACCAAUUAAAAGAAAAUACAAAUUUCUGAUAUAAAAUAUUGACUUUCGACCAAAACACACGAUAAUUUUUACAUUGACUGUACUCUGAUUAAACAAAAAAUUAACCAAUCGAGGUUAUAUCAUUGGAAUAUGAGGCUUAUGAGAACAUGGCUUUAAAAGAAAUGGGUAAAAUCUGCACUGAUUUACGAGUUCGUUGGCCAAGCCUUAAGCAUAUUGUGAUGUAUCACCGACUCGGAAUCGUUCCUGUGAGCGAAGUUAGUGUAGUAAUUGCCGCAUCUGCACCCCAUCGUGUAGCUGCAUUGGAAUCUGUCAACUUUGCUAUAGAUCAACUAAAGUCACGUGUGCCUAUAUGGAAAAAGGAAUUAUAUGAAAAAGACCUGAUCGGAGAGUGGAAGGCAAAUGUCGAGUGCCCUUGGCCCCAAUAUUCAAAAACACCUUUAAGGACUUUCGAAUUCUUUUCUUGCAAAAUUGAUCAGAAAAAUGAAAAUAUUCCAGAUAAAUUAGUACAAAUCAGAGUCGAUGACAGCGAGUUAAACAGACGUGUGAAAUGUUUUUUAAAAAGGAAACGGGAUGAAAUUAAUCUAUAUAAUAUAAAUGACUUUAAGCAGUUGUCGACCAAUGCUGAAUGGCCAGAUAGCUCAGAAUUGACGGUAAAAUAUUCAUGCGCCCGUACUCAAAGUUCGCUUGUAAAGCAGCAACAAUCAACAAGUCACUUAAAAGUACGGCGUGAGAUAAACAAUUCUGGACCCCCCGUGCGACCCAACUAUUCUUUCCAACUAAAUAAGCUGACGACUGCACAGCACUAUAAUAAUAAUUCGUUUGAAAACAACCUACUAAGAAAUUCACGUCUACGUAAUAUAGAAGACUAUAUGUGUGUAACCUCGGACGACGACAAUAUUUUAAAUCGCAUUAAAAAUAUAGAAAAUAAAAUAUUGUUGUUAGAAUCCAUCUCUCCAGAAUACAAAUAUUUUAUACAGUUCGGAACGGAUUUGAAAAGAAUUUAUCAUAGAAAGGCCAAAAAAGAAAUUUACAUGUCGGAUAGAUUGAAUGAAUUUAUUAGUAUUUUUAAAAAAUAAUUUGGACGAUAAAAUUUUUAAAUUUUAAUUUACAAGAAUUUGUACGCUUGCGAUUUUGUCUCAAAAUCUUCAAAGCCAUACAUAAAGGAAAUAAUUUGUUCACCAUA